AUGAAAGCAGGGCGGUCGAAAGAAAGCAAAGCUGUUAAGGCUUCUAGAAAAUCCAGUCUAAAAUCAAGAUCCAUUGGAGUGAAAAAUUCUUCCAAGAAAGCAAAUAAAUUGAAUCACAAAGCAAGAGGUUGCAGUGAGGAAUUGUUGUCUGACAAAGAGAAUCAGCAUUUUCCAGUUAAGGAAUCUGGGGGGUUGUGCUCAGAGCAUCCUACUGAAGAUACAUUUCAUGUGAAAUUGAGAGAAGCUCUUGAAGUUGAUCUUCAUCCAAGACAAACACUCACUUCUUCUGCAAAAAUCAAAUUGCAACUUUUUCCAGCAAAUGAAGAAAUUCGAACAGGACUUGAAAAGGACGGGCAUAAUCCAUACUUAGAACUUACGCUAAGUGGUAGAAAGAAAAUUUCUUCAGUUCUAAGACACAUUGAAAAGAAGUGGGGAAGUUCAAGUUCCGCCAAAGGGGAGCCCAUGCUUUUUCCGUACGACAGAAUGGGAAAUCUAACUGAUUGCAAAAGGUGGACGAUUAAUGAUAAUGACACUACAGCCACAGCUGUCUAUGCUGCUGUUGGAAACCCCUCAAUUUUCCGGCUGAAGUAUGGUUGGUUUAGCAUACAUGAGCCUACUUCAUUUGGUAUAUCCUCCAUGCUGGUUCCCUGUGAGUUUGGUGUACAGUCAGGAGGAACAGAUACAGGUUGCAAUGCUAAUUUAGAGACUUUGUGUGAUGAGCGGGACAAGAUUGAGGCAACUACAGAAUACAAAACAACCGACGAGGGCAAUGUAACAAGUGAAACUGUGGCUCAGAAAAUGAACAAGGAAUCUACUGAUCCUCAGGAUAAUGAGCCAAAAGAAGGUUGCAGCCUUCAACAAACAUCAAUGCAAUGGGUUGAUUGUCUAGACAAUAUAAGCAUUGGUGGCCUCCUGUCUGAAGCAUCAUUACUGGGAAAGUUUGAUUCAAAAUUAUUUGGCAGCAAUGCUACCAGUCAAACAGGUCAUUUAAUAUCAGAUUCAUUGGAUGCUUUUAUCAACUGCAGAAUUAAUCAUCCUCCUGUUUCAACACAAUCUGCUGGAGCCUUGCGCGCCUCAAUAUUGGAUGCUGAAGAAACAUGUCAUGCAUUUGCUCUUAAGAAGUCAUCUCCCCCAGUAGAUGCGCAAACUGCUAGUGCAACAGAAACAGCUUAUUCUGCGGCCUGUAGUCAGGAUGCAUCUUCAAACUUAUUCAAGCUUCCAUGUACAGACAAGGUUAAUGAUCAAGUUGGACUUUCACAAAAUCCCUUGUCUCAGAAGACUCAAACAGAUUCAAUGCUUUCUUCACGUUUGUUUGAUGAUGAAAGAAGUCUUGGGUUAGCAGGCAUCAGCUGGAAUGACUCUUUGGGACCUUUCGAUCUUGGCAUGCAAGCAAAGAAACACAUUGGCGGCGGAGACAGUGUUAGUAUUGGUGAAUUUGUUAAAUAG